GCAGCAGAUAAAUUGCAACUUGGGUUUGCGUUUACGAGGAGACCUUCAGAGAAGGGCUUUAAAAGCGGAAACCAUUUCUUUUCCGCCUCCUUCAUUGGCGUCCGCUCCCAGAACCCGUAAAGCUCUCCUUCUUCCACAUUUCCAGAGCCAAAUCCGAAAGGGAGUGCAUUUUAUUCAAAGUAAUGGCUGAGAGGCAACAAACCCCAACUGUGAUGCAAAAGUUUGCUGGUCAACUCCAUUUGGGUUCCAGCCUUUCCCAUGAUGCUCAAAGCCGCUACACCGGCUUCCAGGGGCCUGCAAUCCACCAAAGGCAAUUUGCCUAUGGGAACUACUCCAAUGCUGGAUUGCAGUAUCCGAGCCGAUCCACCAUUGAUCUGUCAAUGAUUUCUUCAGCUUCCUCACCAGUGUGCGUCCAAGCCCCAUCAGAGAAAGGAUUUGCUGGUUUUGCCAUUGAUUUCUUGAUGGGUGGAGUCUCAGCUGCCGUGUCUAAAACCGCUGCUGCCCCAAUUGAGCGUGUUAAGCUCUUGAUCCAAAACCAGGAUGAGAUGAUCAAGGCUGGAAGGCUCUCUGAACCUUACAAGGGUAUUGGAGAUUGUUUUAGCCGCACAAUUAAGGACGAGGGAGUUGUAGCAUUGUGGAGAGGAAACACUGCUAACGUUAUCCGUUACUUCCCAACUCAGGCCCUGAACUUUGCGUUCAAGGACUACUUCAAGAGGCUUUUCAACUUCAAGAAAGACCGCGAUGGCUACUGGAAGUGGUUUGCUGGCAACUUGGCAUCCGGUGGUGCUGCUGGUGCCUCUUCUUUGCUCUUUGUUUACUCUCUGGAUUAUGCUAGAACCCGUCUUGCUAAUGAUGCCAAGGCUGCCAAGAAGGGAGGAGGGAGGCAGUUCAAUGGAUUGAUUGAUGUCUACAGAAAGACUCUCCAAUCUGAUGGUGUUGCUGGACUUUACCGUGGUUUCAACAUUUCUUGUGUUGGAAUCAUCGUCUACCGUGGUCUGUACUUUGGACUGUACGAUUCUGUGAAGCCAGUGGUCCUAACUGGAAAGUUGCAGGAUAGUUUCUUUGCUAGCUUUGCUCUUGGUUGGGUUAUCACCAACGGUGCUGGUCUUGCCUCUUACCCGAUUGACACUGUCCGCAGAAGAAUGAUGAUGACAUCCGGUGAAGCCGUCAAGUACAAGAGUUCUUUUGAUGCAUUCUCUCAAAUCCUGAAGAACGAAGGAGCCAAAUCUCUCUUCAAGGGAGCUGGUGCCAACAUCCUUCGUGCCGUUGCCGGCGCUGGUGUCCUUGCCGGUUAUGACAAGCUCCAGGUCCUUGUUUUUGGAAAGAAGUAUGGUUCUGGCGGAGCUUAAGCAGCUUUGAGAAGUUGUAUUCAGAACUCCUAUCAUCACCCAUUUUUCCAUAGACGUUGAUGAAAAUGUUUCCUUCUUAUUUCGUAUUUUUGUUGGGAAAUUUUUCUACUCAAUAACCACCAACCUUAGUUCUAGAGGGAUUGAGACCUAAACAAUUGUUCCUUUGAGAAGGAUUUUUGUUUAUCUGUUUUCGAUUAUUAUGAGAGCCGUUGUAGGCUCAUUUUAUUUUGCUAGUUAUACUAUUCAUCAGCAAGUUUAAUUUC